UUCUCGAGAUCAAGAUUCAUUCGGUUCGAAGUGUUGUAUGAUCGCCUGCCAAGACACUAGAUUGUCUGGCUCCCCGUCUCGUAUGAUGCCUCUUUCGUUGCCCCUCGUCUGCCAGUGACAAGAUUAUGCGGCUGUGGAGUACAAACAUUUCCCAGAAACCAAGUUAGUGUCGCAGCACCUUAUUGCACGCGUUACGGCGCACCGCAGCACCCUCUCCGCAGAAGUCGCAGAAGUAGCACAGCACUUUCACGUAAAUUGAGACGUGGGUACUAGCUGAGUACAAAACUUGAAGGUCUUGCGCCCCCGGAUGAGAGAAUAACAGUGCUUCGCCUUACACCAGGUUAAAAAAUGAUGUCCACACAAUCCAACUCCAAAGGCGUCGCAGUCGUCACUGGAUCUGCGCAAGGAAUUGGACGCAGCAUCGCAAUACGUCUUGCAGGAGAUGGCUAUGACGUUGUGAUCAACGAUCUGGAAAGCAACAAAGAGAAUUUGGAGGAAGUCAAGAAGGAAAUCGCUGUCAAUUUCCCAGAGCGCAGAGUGCUAAGUGUACUUGGGAAUGUCAGCGUUGAGGAGGAUGUCAAAGGCCUGGUUGAGAGUGCAGUUAAAGAGUUUGGCAGGCUGAAUGUUGUGGCGACAUCCGACGACUUUGAGUCCAUGCUUUCUGUGAACGUCAAAGGCACCUUCUACAGUUAUAAAUAUGCAGCGCAGCAGAUGAUAGCUCAAGGCGAGGGUGGGCGAAUUAUCGGUGCAAGCUCCCUUGCGGGAAAGAAAGGGCUUCGUUCACUCAGUGCUUACUGUGCGUCCAAAUUCGCUGUCCGAGGGCUGACGCAAUCCGCAGCCGUAGAACUUGGUCGCAAUGGAAUCACAGUGAACGCAUAUGCGCCAGGAACAAUUCAAACACCAAUGCUUGCUGAGUUUACUGGAUCAGCCGACAAUAACGAUAUUUACGAGAAGUUCAAACAGAUGACAGCGGUAGGCGACAUUGGAACUACCCAGGACAUUUCGAGCUUGGUUUCAUUUCUGGUGAUCCCGGAAGCACGUUUCAUCACAGGUAUAUCGAUCGACGGCGGUAUCUUCUUUGAUUGAUGGACCAUGGCGAAAUUGCCGUAACCUUACGCAUUAUUUUGCAGUCUGAACAGCAGAGAUCUUAUCUUUUCAACCGUACCCAUCAGGAUGCAAUCUGAUACGGUUCACGAACAGGCUAACGAUUGACAAUACUGUGUCUUUCUUGAUCGAAGGACCUUGGACAUUACCUUUUCUAAAUAUUGUUUUUGAGCAUAGUAGUCCUUCGUGUCCAGUGUUGUACUUCCUUGUAAUCAUGGUCUUGGGAUGUCAUCUACAACAGCAGGGAAGAAACGCGUCA